ACAACAACUACUUCAAGUUCAUCGUCGUCAUCGUUGACAUCGACCACAACAACGACCACCACGACGACGACAACAACUUCAAGUUCCAAAACGAAAAAGAAAAAAAUCAAUAAAAAUGCUCUCACACGCAAUCCGAGUAGUAAUAAAAAAUACGCAGAUCCAAGCAUGAAACAAUUAAUUGGUAAACUAAAUGAUUUAUGGCCCGAACAUAGUGUGGCCCUUUCCAUUCCAAAGGAAAUCGACAAGACAAAAGAGAAAAUCCAGGGUGUGGAAGAAGUUGAAGGCAGAGAUGGUUCCAAAAUUACCACAGUUGUUGCCACUCCGGGCCAAGGUACCGAUCGUGUACAAGAAGUUUCCUACACAGAUACAAAGGUGAUUGGCAAUGGCAGUUUUGGCGUUGUCUUUCAGGCCAAAUUAUGCGAUACCGGUGAACUGGUGGCAAUUAAAAAAGUUUUACAAGACAGACGAUUUAAGAAUCGUGAAUUGCAAAUUAUGCGCAAAUUGGAACAUUGUAAUAUUGUAAAACUUUUGUAUUUCUUCUAUUCGAGUGGUGAAAAGCGCGAUGAAGUGUUCUUGAAUUUAGUACUCGAAUAUAUACCAGAAACGGUUUAUAAAGUGGCGCGUCAAUAUGCUAAAACUAAGCAAACAAUACCCAUUAACUUUAUUAGGCUUUACAUGUAUCAACUAUUCAGAAGUUUGGCUUACAUACAUUCAUUGGGUAUUUGUCAUCGUGAUAUUAAACCACAAAAUUUAUUAUUGGAUCCAGAGACCGCUGUAUUGAAAUUAUGCGAUUUUGGCAGUGCUAAACAAUUGUUGCAUGGCGAACCGAAUGUAUCAUAUAUAUGUUCACGAUACUAUCGUGCACCCGAAUUGAUAUUUGGCGCUAUAAAUUAUACCACAAAAAUUGAUGUGUGGAGCGCCGGUUGUGUAUUAGCUGAAUUACUAUUGGGCCAACCCAUAUUCCCUGGUGAUUCGGGCGUUGAUCAAUUGGUUGAGGUUAUCAAAGUUUUGGGCACACCUACACGAGAACAAAUUCGUGAAAUGAAUCCCAAUUAUACGGAAUUCAAAUUUCCACAAAUUAAAAGUCAUCCAUGGCAAAAAGUUUUCCGUAUACGCACUCCACCAGAAGCUAUAAAUUUGGUAUCGCAACUAUUGGAAUACACACCAAGUGCACGUAUAACACCAUUGAAAGCAUGCGCCCAUCCAUUCUUCGAUGAAUUGCGCCAAGAGGGUAGUCAUACAUUACCAAAUGGCCGGGAAAUGCCGCCACUAUUCAAUUUUACAGAACAUGAACUUUCAAUACAACCAAGUUUAAUACCACAAUUGUUGCCAAAACAUCUGCAAAAUAGCGCACACCGUACUGCUGGCGCUGGCGGUGAAGGUGGUGGUGCAACAGCUUCAGCUGCUGCUGGUUCAUCCUCAGCUAAUGCCACAAGUGCUGCUGCCACGGCCAAUAAUACUACGCCGGGAUCAUCAGCGCAAGCAGCUACAGAUUCAUAGUGGCAUAAAUAAUUAAAAAAAAAACUAUAUAAAUAUUCAAACAAACAAAAAAAUAUUAAAUAAAAUCGAAAAAAAUAUAGUUCUCUAC